AUGCUAGAUUUUGAAUUAUUGAGAGGAUAUACAAGAAAGGGUGGUACUCCAAGAUGUAUGCUUCAAUUGGAUCUCCAAAAAGCAUAUGCCAUGGUGGAUUGGUAUGCUUUGGAACAUGUGAUGCAAGAAAUAGGCAAAGAGAGGCUUAAGGCAGGGGAUCUUAUAUCCCCCUUACUUUUUGCUCUCAUGAUGGAGUAUUUGAAUAGGCUUUUGGUCAAAAUGCAUUCCCAUGCUAAAUGUGAGAAGGCUGGUAUAACCAAUCUCACAUUUGCGGAUGACAUCCUCAUGUUUUGCAAAGGGGACAUCACUUCUGUCCAGAUGCUUAUUAAAACUGUGCAGGAUUUUUUUGAUUCUAUUGGUUUGGUGAUCAACCCCAGAAAAUGCAAAGUCUUUUAUGGAGGUACGGAUAGAGACACCAAGGAGCAGCUGAUUAGAAGUACUUCUUUUGAGGAGGGAAUUCUUCCUAUGAAGUACCUUGGAGUUCCUAUUACUAGAAAGAGAUUAAAUAUACACCACUACAUGCCAUUAAUUGAGAAGAUAAUGAAGAGAAUGAAACAUUGGACCUCCAAACUUCUGAGCUAUUCUGGAAGAAUCUUACUUGUGAAAAGUGUGAUCUUGGCUAUAACUCAAUACUGGAUGCAGUGUGUUCCUAUUCCUCAAUUUGCUGGGAGUAUGGAUAAUAGUCGAAAGAGCCCAGUAGCUUGGCAGACAAUGUGCAGUCCUAAAAACCAGGGUGGACAAGGCAUUAUCAAUCUUACCAUUUAG